ACUUCAUAUCACUUAUUGACAAUUAACAAGGCGACAUCACACCGUGUUAAGUGCCACUUGAACACUACAAUUUCCUUAUGCAAAUGCAUGCACGCGCGAUGUAAAUUUUUCUAAGGAAAACAUGCCUUAUGCUUUGUGGUGCAUAAAAAAUGCUGUUUCGAUGAGAUGACACAACAAAACAAACACGUCAACUUUGGAUUCGGUUACUAAUUAUACGAGGUGAAUGAUAAAAGUUUAAUGACAAUGUGUCUCGAACGCCUGUUCAUCAAUGAAAAUUAAUUUUCCAUUUAAAACCUACAUCACAAUAAUAUCUCACCAGCAAUCAACGAUGAAGAUGAUAGACGUGUACAGAUUAUAAAAUUGAGAACGCGUGUGACAACUCUGAGGAAGAACAAUUCGCCCGGCUCGAAAUAAAUUUUGAAGGACAAGACGCGAAAUUGAAAGAAGAAAAUGGUCGAGGAGCUAUCUUGGCCACAAAGAAGUCCAGAUUGGCCUAAAGCGAAAAAAACCUGGGGAUUAUACUGGCAGGUCCACGUAUACCUAUUCGCAGGUUUUUGGACAAUUGCAACCGUUUGCUAUUUCGCCCUUUCGAUCAAAUCGAUAACCCGACUAAAGAAUGGACGUAAACGAACACAUUUCACGGUGCUUGCAACUCAAUUGCUCUUCGUUGCACUUUCUCGUUGUUUUGUAUUAUUUUUAAACCCCUACGGCUCGAAAUCGACGAACUUGAUUGGACUAGUAAUCACUAUUGGAGGAUGGUCCCUCGGUACGGCCGGUCUGACGUCGGCUCUUGGAGUCCUCUUACUAAUUCUACUGGACACGACUAGGGUCAGUCUGGGUUCACCGAGGUUCCAGAAUCUUAGAGUACUUCUCGCAAUAACUGCCAGCAUUGUCGUUUUUGUUAUCAUUACUGAUGUCAUAGUUGCCCUCCACAACGAAGCAAAAAUACUUCUCCUAUUGUGCGAAAUGGCCGUGUCGAUUUGGGGUUUGGUAACGAUGAUUGGCUACGUCCUUGUCGCCGCAAGGAUCCGUCGCAACUUGAGGUCGACUUUGGAUUCGGCAAAUCCUAAUUCAACCGGUCAAAGGCUGGAUCAGUAUCAGCGAACCCGGUUGACACGUAUCCUUUUCACAUGCUUCGGUGCUGCCUUCUUGGGCUUUGUCAUGUUCGGUACCAGUCUUUACGCGGUUUUCUUCGGCAGCAGUAGCGUUCUCUCGGAUGAAGAUGUCGCUGACGUCUGGAGAUGGUGGGCUUUCCAGACAACUUUCCGCGUGCUGGAGAUGUUGAUAACGCUGUCGAUAUCCCUUAUAACAUUUCAAACACCUCGGGAAGCAGUGAAACGCGAUAAUAGAAAGCCGAGUGAAAUAUCAGUUAUGCAAGAAGAACAAUGACGAACUGAAAAGGAAGAUUCUAGGUAAAAAUAUCGAUAUUUGACAUUGGAAGGCAUGGGAAAAGUAGAAAAGAUCAAACAGAUUAUUGCAUGAACUAGCAUUAUAUAGACAGUAUAUCACAUUUUCUCUGUUCAGCAGUACACCCCCCCUCCCACUUUUAAUAAUCCCCCACUUGAAAGGUAGCAAAAAAUAACCACAUACCCUCUAUUUGCACCCCACUCUCCAGUAAAUAUAAAAAUCUCUGAGAUGUCAAUGUCGUGAUGAAAUCACAGAAAAAUACAAAGGCUACUCUUUGGGCCUGUUCAUAUGAGCUGGGCUGGCCUGCUUUGCCAGGCCAGUUUAUUAUUUGAUUCACAUGAGGCGGGCUGGCCCUGCAAGUACAGAAAUAAUUAAUUACGUCCAAAUCCCGCUAUUUCAUGUUACUUUUAUAAGCUGAAAGAAACUCAUUGAUUUUAUGCAUUAUAAUCUAAGGUCCACCGAAAGUUGUUCUUGUGCUUGCCCUCUAUUUUGCAUCGAACUGAAUUUCAGGAGCAUGCGCACUAGUACGAUGUUUGGCCGGUAUGCAGGGCUAGCCCGCCUAGUGCAUUCACAUGAACCCGUUUAUGACGAGAUAACGGAAAAACGGGCCCGCCUCUCAUAUGAAUCAAAUUUGUAAUUAUAAGUAAAGACUAAAAGCGUCGAGAUCUCGCUACUGCCGGGCUAGCCCGGCUCAUAUGAACAGGCCCUUAGUUCGUUGACAUCAGCAUUAAUUCUUUCGAAGUUAACAAUUGUAAGCAUUUUAAUAGUCACUUGGUUGGUGCAAAAAUUUCAGACAAAUCUAAGUCAUGUUUUUUUAAGUUUUUCAUUUUUCAAAAUGCACUUAUCACUUAUUGCACUUACCAGAAUUGGAUUUUUACUAUAAAUUUACAAAGAAGCGUGCGUUACGUGAAAGAGUAAGCGUCUUUUUAGCCCCCCCCUCCCCUUCCCCCUAACAAUACGCAACCUCCCUCCUAAUAUUACUCCCCCCCCCUAAUGGAAAGGUUGCAAAACAUACAAUCCCGGAGGAUGAGGCUGAAGAGGGAAAAUAAGGGAAGGGUCAUUAUUUUUGGCCAGCGACAAUUACGGUGAAAUAGGAUUUGAUUGGCUUAUAAAUACUUGGCGGCCAUUACGAGCUGGAAACAAUUAUCUACGCUACAAUUAGUCAACUGGAAACGAAGUAGAACAAGUAAAAUAAUGAGAUUGUAGAGUAAUAUAGACCAUGUAUAUAAAGACCAAAAAUCAGUAAAACUUUGAUGUAUUUAAAAAGUUGAGGUAACAUGAAGCAUCAUGCGUUUUUUGCAACUUGUA